AUGUGGCCAUCACAGCUACUAGUCUUCAUGAUGCUCUUAGCACCGAUAAUUCAUGGUGGCAAGCACAGUGAACGACAUCCAGCCCUCGCGUCUCCACUGCGACAUGCUGAGCGCGGCCCAGGAGGCGCUCUACCUCCAAGACACCUCCUUCAGCAGCCAGCUGCGGAGCGCGCCAGUGCCCAUCGCGGACCAGGGCCCCGUGGAGCUUCCAGAGGAGUUCGUGGUCCAGGUGCCCAUGGAGCUCAGAUCUCAGCCCAAGCUUUCAGCCGUGCCCCCAUCCCGAUGGCUGUGGUUCGCAGAGAGCUCUCCUGUGAGAGCUACCCCAUUGAGCUCCGCUGUCCGGGAACAGAUGUCAUCAUGAUUGAAAGUGCCAACUAUGGGAGGACCGAUGACAAAAUUUGUGACUCUGACCCUGCUCAGAUGGAGAAUAUACGAUGCUAUCUACCUGAUGCCUAUAAGAUUAUGUCUCAAAGGUGCAAUAACAGAACCCAAUGUGCAGUGGUCGCAGGUCCUGAUGUUUUUCCAGACCCCUGUCCGGGAACCUAUAAAUACCUUGAAGUGCAGUAUGAAUGUGUUCCUUACAAAGUGGAACAAAAAGUUUUUCUUUGUCCUGGACUACUAAAAGGAGUAUACCAGAGUGAACAUUUGUUUGAAUCCGACCACCAGUCUGGGGCAUGGUGCAAAGACCCUCUGCAGGCUUCUGACAAGAUUUAUUAUAUGCCCUGGACCCCCUACAGAACUGAUACCCUGACUGAGUACUCAUCCAAGGAUGACUUCAUUGCUGGAAGGCCAACUACCACCUACAAGCUCCCUCACAGGGUGGAUGGCACAGGAUUUGUAGUGUAUGAUGGAGCUUUGUUCUUCAAUAAAGAGCGCACCAGAAACAUAGUGAAGUUUGAUUUGCGGACUAGGAUAAAGAGUGGAGAAGCUAUCAUAGCAAAUGCCAAUUACCAUGAUACCUCCCCUUACCGCUGGGGAGGCAAAUCUGACAUAGACUUGGCAGUGGAUGAGAAUGGGCUAUGGGUAAUCUAUGCAACAGAACAAAACAAUGGUAAAAUUGUCAUUAGUCAAUUGAACCCUUACACCCUACGGAUUGAAGGGACGUGGGAUACUGCAUAUGAUAAAAGGUCAGCUUCCAAUGCAUUCAUGAUAUGUGGAAUUCUGUAUGUGGUCAAAUCUGUCUAUGAGGAUGAUGACAAUGAGGCCACAGGAAAUAAGAUUGACUACAUUUACAACACUGACCAAAGUAAGGACAGUUUGGUGGAUGUACCCUUUCCUAAUUCAUACCAGUACAUAGCAGCUGUGGAUUACAACCCCAGGGACAACCUUCUUUAUGUAUGGAAUAACUACCACGUCGUGAAAUAUUCUUUGGAUUUUGGACCUCUGGAUAGUAGAUCGGGACAGGCACAUCAUGGACAGGUAUCAUACAUCUCUCCACCAAUUCACCUUGACUCUGACCUGGAAAGACCCCCUGUUAGAGAAAUCUCUACCGCAGGACCUCUUGGCACGGGCACCACCACCACCAGUACCACCCUUCGGACCACAACCUGGAGCCCAGGCAGGAGUACCAGCCCCUCAGUGUCAGGAAGAAGAAACCGGAGUACCAGCACCCCAUCGCCAGCCGUCGAGGUGCUUAACGACAUCACCACACACCUUCCAUCAGCAUCGCCCCAAAUCCCAGCUCUGGAAGAGAGCUGUGAGGCUGUGGAAGCUCGUGAAAUCAUGUGGUUUAAGACGCGUCAAGGACAGAUGGCGAAGCAGCCGUGCCCAGCAGGAACUAUAGGAGUAUCAACUUAUCUCUGCCUGGCUCCUGAUGGAAUCUGGGACCCCCAGGGACCAGACCUUAGCAACUGUUCUUCUCCUUGGGUCAACCAUAUAACACAGAAGUUGAAAUCUGGAGAGACAGCUGCCAACAUUGCUAGAGAACUGGCUGAACAGACAAGAAAUCAUUUGAAUGCUGGAGAUAUCACUUAUUCUGUCCGGGCCAUGGAUCAGCUGGUAGGCCUCCUAGAUGUACAGCUCCGGAACUUGACUCCAGGUGGAAAAGAUAGUGCUGCCCGAAGUUUGAACAAGCUUCAGAAAAGAGAGCGCUCUUGCAGAGCCUAUGUCCAGGCAAUGGUCGAGACAGUUAACAACCUCCUCCAGCCACAAGCCUUGAAUGCCUGGAGAGACCUGACUACAAGUGAUCAACUGCGGGCAGCCACCAUGUUGCUUGACACCGUGGAGGAAAGUGCCUUUGUGCUGGCCGAUAACCUUUUGAAGACUGACAUUGUCAGGGAGAACACGGACAAUAUCCAAUUGGAAGUUGCAAGGCUGAGCACAGAAGGAAACUUGGAAGACCUGAAAUUUCCAGAAAACACCGGUCAUGGAAGCACUAUCCAGCUUUCUGCAAAUACUCUAAAACAAAAUGGCCGAAAUGGAGAGAUCAGAGUGGCCUUUGUCCUUUAUAACAACUUGGGUCCUUAUUUGUCCACGGAGAAUGCCAGCAUGAAGUUAGGAACAGAGGCCAUGUCCACCAAUCAUUCUGUUAUUGUCAAUUCUCCAGUUAUCACAGCAGCCAUAAACAAAGAGUUCAGUAAUAAGGUUUACUUGGCUGAUCCUGUGGUGUUCACUGUUAAACACAUCAAGCAAUCUGAGGAAAACUUCAAUCCUAACUGUUCAUUUUGGAGCUAUUCCAAACGCACAAUGACAGGUUACUGGUCAACCCAAGGCUGUCGGCUCCUGACAACAAAUAAGACACAUACUACAUGCUCUUGUAACCACCUAACCAAUUUUGCAGUACUGAUGGCACAUGUGGAAGUUAAGCAUGGCGAUGCUGUCCAUGACCUUCUUCUGGAUGUGAUCACCUGGGUUGGAAUUUUGCUGUCCCUUGUGUGUCUCCUGAUUUGCAUCUUCACGUUUUGCUUUUUCCGUGGGCUCCAGAGUGACCGUAACACCAUCCAUAAGAACCUCUGCAUCAGCCUUUUUGUAGCAGAACUGCUCUUCUUGAUUGGGAUCAACAGAACAGAUCAACCAAUUGCCUGUGCAGUUUUUGCUGCCCUAUUACAUUUCUUCUUCUUGGCUGCCUUCACCUGGAUGUUCCUGGAGGGAGUGCAGCUCUAUAUCAUGCUGGUGGAGGUGUUUGAGAGCGAACAUUCACGAAGGAAAUACUUCUACCUGGUCGGCUAUGGGAUGCCUGCCCUCAUUGUGGCUGUGUCAGCUGCUGUAGACUAUAGGAGUUAUGGAACUGACAAAGUAUGUUGGCUCCGACUUGAUACCUACUUCAUUUGGAGUUUUAUAGGACCAGCGACCUUGAUAAUUAUGCUUAAUGUAAUCUUCCUUGGGAUUGCUUUAUAUAAAAUGUUUCAUCACACUGCCAUUCUGAAACCUGAAUCUGGCUGUCUUGAUAAUAUCAAGUCAUGGGUUAUAGGUGCAAUAGCUCUUCUCUGCCUAUUAGGAUUGACCUGGGCCUUUGGACUCAUGUAUAUUAAUGAAAGCACAGUCAUCAUGGCGUAUCUCUUCACCAUUUUCAAUUCUUUACAGGGAAUGUUUAUAUUCAUUUUCCAUUGUGUCCUACAAAAGAAGGUACGAAAAGAGUACGGGAAAUGCCUGCGAACGCAUUGCUGUAGUGGAAAAAGUACAGAGAGCUCCAUCGGCUCAGGGAAAACAUCUGGUUCUCGAACUCCUGGGCGCUACUCCACAGGCUCACAGAGCCGAAUUCGUAGAAUGUGGAAUGAUACGGUCCGAAAGCAGUCAGAGUCUUCCUUCAUUACUGGAGAUAUAAAUAGUUCAGCAUCACUCAACAGAGGAGCCAUGGCUAAUCAUCUUAUAAGCAAUGCUCUGCUUCGUCCGCAUGGUACUAACAAUCCCUAUAAUACAUUGCUGGGGGAACCGGCGGUCUGUAACAACCCUUCUGUCAGCAUGUACAACGCACAAGAGCCCUACAGAGAGACAAAGGGGCUCCUGAACAAUGCCAGGGAUACAAGUGUCAUGGAUACUCUACCACUGAAUGGUAACCAUGGCAACAGUUACAGCAUUGCCAGUGGCGAAUACCUGAGCAACUGUGUGCAAAUCAUAGACCGUGGCUAUAACCACAACGAGACCGCCCUAGAGAAAAAGAUUCUGAAGGAACUCACUUCCAACUACAUCCCAUCUUACCUGAAUAACCAUGAGCGCUCCAGCGAACAGAACAGGAAUCUGAUGAACAAGCUGGUGAACAACCUGGGCAGUGGGAGUGAAGAUGAUGCCAUUGUCCUGGAUGACGCCACCUCCUUUAACCAUGAGGAGAGUCUGGGCCUGGAAUUGAUUCAUGAGGAAUCGGAUGCUCCUUUGCUGCCCCCAAGAGUCUACUCCACGGAGAACCAUCAGCUCCACCAUUACACCCGGAGGCGGAUCCCCCAAGAUCACAGUGAGAGCUUUUUCCCUUUGUUAACCAAUGAGCACACGGAAGAUCUGCAGUCACCCCACAGGGACUCUCUCUACACCAGCAUGCCAGCGCUGGCUGGCGUGCCCCCUGCAGACAGCGUUACCACCAGCACCCAGACCGAACCCCCGCCGGCCAAAUGUGGUGAUGCCGAAGACGUUUACUACAAAAGCAUGCCAAACCUCGGCUCCAGAAACCACGUCCAUCAGCUGCACACCUACUACCAGCUAGGUCGCGGCAGCAGUGAUGGGUUCAUAGUUCCUCCAAACAAAGAUGGGACCCCUCCAGAGGGAAGUUCAAAAGGACCAGCUCAUUUGGUCACUAGCCUAUAG